ACAGAUACUGAACGCUGUCAGUGUAAUGAGGUCAUCUGGAAAGCAGUGACUGGAGUUCUCAUUUUCAUUAACAUCCUUCUUGUAGUUGUGAUAGUUUGGCAGCACAAGAGAGGUGACAAAAUUUACCCUUUUCACUCGCUCUUGAUUUUUUAUGAUUUUGGAACUUAAUGAGAAAUAGAAAGAGCGCUUAACUUAUUAUAACUUAUUCAUCCAAAAACAUCAAAACAACUCAGAAUAGUAAGCUGAGGAGUUACCCCUUCUCAGGUAAUAAAUAAUUAAACAUAUAAAUAAAUAAGUAAAUAAACAAAUAAAUAAAUCGUUAAUCAAAAUGUGGUUUUCUUCUUCCACAGGAUUGAGAGGAAAGAAAAGGUAUUACUGUAAAGUAUGGUCCAGUAUUUUAGAUGUGAGCCAAAACUGCUUCUUAUAGGCAUAAGUACGUGCUGAUUACCCAUAAAGAAAACUAUCCUUUUUUCUUUUUCCCGAGAUUGCGAGUCUAUUAAUGCCGCGCGCACAAUCAUUUUCCUUUUACUAAUAUAACUUUGUCCUUUACAAGAGUUUGUAGAGAAUCUAACACAGUUUAUUUCAAAUUAAUUUCACCAAGUGGUAGAGCGCAGUGUGAGCAUAGCAUGAUAUGAAUGAACAAGAAACUAGUCAAGAAAAAGGGUAACUGUGUGGGCAGUGACGUAAUGUUGCCACGCAUUAGGGAAGUAACACGGCAUAGAAAAUAAUAGCUUUGCAUUGUGUGUACAAUUCAUUCAUUUUGAAAUACCUUUGCAACAGAAGAUCGACCAAAUAAUACAUCUGAACAGUAAAAAAAAAGCCAAUAUGAGAUUCAUAUUGGUUUUCUUUCUUCUUUGUUUAUUCUCAGACCAUAUACGUUGCCACGCAAUGAUGCAGAGGUUUAUGACGUAAGUUUCGUGUUUAAUUUUAUUUUGUUUUCUUCUAGCCCUGGUUUAUCCUCCAGUCAAUAGCAAAAAAAAAAAUGAAGUUUGAAUCAAGUGGAUAACAGAGUGGUAGACCAUUUUGGUAAAUUUCAGCGAACUGUGCCUUAGCAUCCAGAAAAGUUCAUGAAAUAGGUGUCUCCGGGCGUGCAAUAUUAUGAUUUUUUUUUGUGCUUGGGGACGUGUUUUAUCAGAACAAUGACUUAUAAUAUUGUUUUAAAACUUUCAGAAUGAGAUAGCAAUGGAUAAGGUCCAGUCAUCUCACUCACAUCAACAUAAGACUGAAUACAUGGACCUAAAAGAGGUACCUGCAUUUGGGAGCACGCACAAAGAAGUCACAUCAGGCACCGCACAAGUGGAACGUGCAUCUCAGGGACCUGAUUACGCACCUCUUCAUCCAUCAACACGCACUUGGGAAAUUCCACGAAACAGUGUUACCAUAGAAAAGGUUAUCGGUAAAGGUGCCUUUGGUCAGGUCGCCAAGGGAACGGCCAUAGAUCUUCGAGAGAGACCAGGAAAGUCUGCAGUAGCGGUUAAAAUGCUUAAAGGUAAUCCAAAAGUAACGUCUGUGGAUGGAAAUGUAUCUAUGUUUGGGGGGAUUAAUGUGGGGUUAAACAGUCUGCAAUUCCUUAUAUUGACAUAAGUCAUUAAUAACAAAAGGGAAGUAAAAAAAGAAAAGUGAGUUUUCCUACGAGAUUUUUCACAAAAAUAUUAAAGAGGAGAACAUUAUUCAAAAACGUAACCUAUAAAUAUGAUGAAGUGAUGUUCUCAAAGAGUAUUAAGGCUUGUAUUGUUAUGAUUUGUUCGUUUAUUUUUAGCUUCUCCUCCUGAGUCUGACAGAAAGGAUCUUUUAUCUGAACUCGAUGUUCUGAAGACGUUGAAACCUCAUCCACAUGUCAUACGACUACUGGGAUGUGUAACCGAAACUGGUAAAAAAGCUGAUCUUCGACUGAAAUGAUAAGCAUAUUUGUUCGUAAACAUAACAGGUCCUGUCAGUUUAUAAAUGGGCGGAUAAAAGGAAUGUGGGUAAAAGUGGUUUAGCUUUAAAACACUUUAAAGAAUGCAAGGUACGUACUGGAGCUUGAAUGUCGCCCAGACAAAGUAGUGGUCACGGAUAAGAGAGGUGUUUCCUCUAAUUCGAAAAGGGUUGUUAGAAUCAUCAUAGCAAUCAUUCUCUUACCGAGGACGUGAAAAAAUGUGGGAAAACGGAAAUGGGCUGCCAAUUUGGCUGACCCUGUUUAACGCCGAAAAAGGGAGAUUCAAGGGCUAAUAAGAUAAGCUGACUGUAUUUCUUUAAUUUCGGAUCGCUCGCUCCAUGUAUUCAUAGCGAUGGAUUGGGACACAGCCUGUUAACUAAUAAAGGAUAUGAGAACAGUUCAUUUUAUUAUUGUACCUAUUUCUACCCAUUUGCAUUGUACUUUUCCCCCAAAUUAACCUGAGAUCAGGCCCAACUUUAGCGGUUCUCAUAUAUUCUCCCUAACGGCUACCGCUAAAACUGGGCCUGAUACAAACUCUCUCACGUUUGUGCUCGUUACGGCCAGAUUUUGGCUGUAACGCUGAUUGGCUGUUAGAACAAUGCCGCAAGAUCUGAUUGGCUGUCGAAAACGCCUGAAGUUGAAAGCGUUUAUUCCUCGCGUGGUUGUUUUCGUGAAUGAUCCGUCGUCGGCGGAGAGAAGGCCCGGAGAGAAGGAUCGAUUUUACUGUCUUUUUUAUUGUUUUAUGGUCUCAUGGUAGGAAAAUAUGCCUUAAUAUGUGUUUGGAAAUUCAGAAAAUUCAUGUGGUUGUUCAUAUCUUCUCAGGAUUUGCUUUAUUUACGGAACUAAUGUGCGUGUAUCGCGGAGUUGAAUCCCUCUGCAAGUUGUUGACCGCGAACAAGGUGCCUUUUGAUUUACCAACAAUCAAAAUCAAUAUACAAAAAUGCAAAUCAAAAUACUGUCCAUCUUUAAACUGGUUUCAUUUGAAAGUUUAGCGGGGAAUGACUUCUCUGAACGCGCGGGGUACGCAAGCGGAGGCUCACUGUGAAAGAAACCUCAAUCGCCAACUGUGAAGUAUUUGACGAUAAAUAUCGCAUCGCUGUUCAAGGAAUUUUCAGUUUUGGCAUUAUUAUAAAAGCUGGUGGCUUAAGGUAACAGACAGCUGGUUGUUUGCCUUCGCUUUUUCUGUAAAAAAUAAACCAGGAAAAGUGUCUUCGCUCGCUGGCUGUUUGCUUUUGUUUUUAAAGAUUUAUGUACUGAAAAUCGGGGAAAAUUGCCGAGGAAAAUAUUAAGGCAACAGAAAAAUAGAAAUUUCAGUAUUCUAAAUUCGAGUGCGCCUAGCCAAAAUAAUAAAACUAGUAGAACAUCGUGUCAUCGUCUUUUCGAAAACCUUUUACCUUCUACGCCGACAUAAAUAACCUUCGAGAUCUCCCUUAAUCUCGCAAGAAGUUAGAUGUACUGUGAUUGUGCUGACUGUUUUAUAAUUAACAGAUAAAAGCUACUUUUUAAGUCAGCCAGUCUGCAUUUUUCUCACGCGUGAAAAAUUUGCAUACUAGAAAAACAAGCAACGGAAGUAAUUCUGAUUGGCUGGUUCGGUAAAUGUUAAUAAAUCAAAAAAGUGGACGGCAGACGUUUCGUAGAAGGUUUGUAUCAGGCUCUCUUUUCGUUUCGCCUUGCCCGCCGGAAUGUAAUUUUCAAAGCGAAACGAAAAUAGAGCCUGAUCUCAGGUUACCCCCAAAUGAAUCCCAAUUUAAACUAUCCAGAUUCUAAAAGAUGGGUAGUAUUACACAUGUAUAAAAAAAACAAAGCCUUUGAGCUAAAUAAUAAUUGCACAGUCAAACUAUUAUUCCAGACCCCUUAUUGAUUUUGAUCGAGUAUGUCCCGUUUGGAGAUCUCCUGGGAUACCUGAGAAAGAGCCGUGGACUUAAUGAUACUUAUUUCAAAGACCCGGAUAUCAAACCGCAAACAAGUUUGACGUCACAGCAACUUAUUAAAUUUGCUUGGCAAAUUGCUGAUGGAAUGAGUUACCUGUCAUCAAGAUUUGUAUGUAAUUCUUGUUUUAUUGCGAUAUUAUUACACAACGUAGAGUAUUGUUUUGAAAUAAAAAUAAUUUUAUACCACCGGCAACAGGUGAAUACUGUUACGAUUUGAUGGUCAGCAGCAAUGGGAUACUUUUCCAUGACGUCAUUCACGCCAAUGAUUUCUGCGUAAAUAAGAACUAAACCAAACCGACUAUAAUACUUACAGCACUAUACAGUCCAGAGCUUUUCCACUUUUAGAAAUGUGCGAAGCAAUAGUGUGACGUCUCAGUAUGGCGGGUUAAAAAAGUCCUCGAGCCGAUUCAAAUUGGCGUGGAAAUCUGUUGUGUUUUGCUUUUUUUAGUAGUCUUUGCUCGCCUUUUAGUAACACUGCAGCGAAAAACAAAAUGGUAGAAGACGUGUGCAUAAGAUGACGAACAUUGGAUUUGAAAUGUUUUAGAAAGGGAGAUUUUAUUUUCUUUCGUGUCAAUUUUGCUUGUUAUUACGAUCGAUGAGUCAUCUUCACUUUGAAAUAUCUCUUGUGAAAAUUUUUUUCGGGUCUAACAUUAUUGUUGUUUCAUGUGAAACGUGUAGAUGGGCCACUCUUCUGGUCAUGUUCCGGUACACAUGCCACGAGGUUUAGUGUAAAGGCCAGCUUCUUUAGGAGAACAGAAAGAAAGACACAAAAAGUCUCGUUCAGCUGUUUUGAUUUUUCCUUCCUGGCUCGUGACGUACAACCUAUUUUUAUGGUGCAAUAAUAUCACGUGCAUCAAAAACAUUUGUACAACUGUGGGGGUGGGUUAAGUACUUUCUUGCAUUCUCCCUGUCCUCCUGGACAUCGAACAAAAGGCUCGGGCUAUCUUUAAAGAAACGACACUUUACAGGAUAAGUUAAGUUUGAUUUUUCUAUAAUAACUAUUCUCGUAGGGUGAUCAGGCUACUUAGAAAGUUCCAUGCGUGUCCUCAUCCGAUAGAGCCAAUGUUCAAGUGAUAAUAAACGGAAUUCUCUUCUCAAUUGCAUGCCAAUUGAUGACUGAACAAGUUUUUUUUUUUUUUUUAACAACUGCCUAAGUGUUAUCCUCAGCAAGCUGGAACAGGCAUCUACUGAAACAAGUAUGGGGGUACCCCGCCACAGCACGUGAAUGAACGGGCCGUAUUGGGAGGGACCUCACUGCAGGUUUGGCGAUCCAUAAUAAUAGGGCGUUGCAAUCACCCACGGUGGACAAGGCGGACAGUACAUGAUUUGGCCAGGAACACUAUUUGCUGUUGCUAUUUGAAUACUUGAUGCACUGCAAGAGUGGUAACUAGGAUUUCCCAGCUGAUCACAACAACACAUUCGGUGGCUCUCGGGUGAGGAUUGGGUGGCAAUGGUUUUGUUCUGUCUCCUGCCCCAGGAACAAGUUCGUCUUCAGCUUCAGAGCAAGGUAGCACAACCAACAUUUAUUGGCAUUUCCAUGAGUAGCCAUGAGGGGUCGCUACGUGCUCUGUCAUAGUUUCAUUCGUAACCUCUGCCUUUCUUUCCGACGACGUACAGUGUCUCCUGUAGGUGAACACAGCUGCAAUGUCUCAAACUCUGUAAGGGACAAACCAGACGAGUCAUCCUCAUCUACUGAGUCACGCAUGCCGAAUUUAUCCCUCUGCAAUCUUUCUCGAACUUUCUUGGGGAAACUGGAAGGCACUUUUCCUUGAGACUGGUUAGCGGAAGGGUCUGGGUGGUCAACUUGAAGGAAGUCAAAUGGAAGGAGUAGACUUAUGUGCAAUAAUCUAGGCUUACCAGUCUGUCCUUCAGGCCUGACCUCGAAUUACUGGAGGUUUCCCUGUCUGGCCACCCGCAACAUGCAUCUGCUGCUUCCAGUAAGACCUGAAUUUUCCUUUUCCACCUUGCUCAGAUAAGCAACGCACCAGGACUCGAUCUGCAUGCUGUAAGCCUGAAAAGCUCAGCUUACGUUCAUACUGCUUCUUUCCGAAGACUAUCUAUUUAAGAAUAUUUUUCGCGGCUUGUGAAAAAGCCUCCUUCAUAGCAAUCUGCCACUUUUUUGCAUAACCCCGAUGGGUUACACCAGGUUCAUCACGUGGUGACAAGACAUCCAGGUUAAAUGGUAGACGAGGUGACCGACCAAACAGCAAAUAGAAAGGCGAGAACCAAGUCUCAUUGUUUCUCGUACAAUUAUAAGCAUGCACAACUUUGUUUAACAAGACUUUCCAUCUUUCUUUCUUGUCCUCUGGGAGAGUCUUGAGCACGGACAACAAAGUCCUAUUCAAUCGUUCCACUUUUUUACCCUUGAGGAUGGUAUGAUACUAAUAUCACGAAGACAGGUAAAUCUAGUACUUAGUCUAUGUAAUCUCUGGAAAAGUAUAUUCUCCGACUCUCGACCUUGAUCAUGAAGGAUUUUCGACGGCAAACCAGAUCGUAGAAUAAUUAGUCUUUGUCACAGGCGAUAGGGAGCAGUUGAGCUUGACUUGUUAGUUGGGUAGGCUUGUGUAAAUCUAGUGAGGUACUCACUAAUGACAAGGAUGUAUUAGUACCCACCAGAACUUUGCUCUAGUUGUAAGAGGUCACUUCAAUUCAAAAGGCGGCGAAGUGGUAAUUCUGGUGAGUGGUGAAUGGGUACUCACAUUAGGUCGACUUUGCUUGAGACCUGGACAAGGUUUAGUGACAAGGUGAAUAAUGUCACUCUCCAUCUUCAUUCAAUAGGGUAGUUCUGCUCAUUUGGCUACCACCAGUGACCAUCAAGGUCUAAAACAAUAGAAAAAUCAUCCCUAAACGAUGUCAAAAUUAUAUUACUCUUUCUGCAAACAGUUUAUCCCGACCAGAGUAAAAAAUAUGAUUAGACAAAGUUAGUUCGCUUUCCUAAACUGAACCAUGAUUUCCUUUCUUGCUACCGAGGCCAGGGUGAGAUAAGCCUCCGCGUGGACAGUACGGAUAGAAGCUCCGGGGAUCGGCCCGCUCUAUUGCUGUUUUAUAGUCCAUGCAAACAGAUAGUAAAGGCAAGUUUCUCUUUUCCUGCAAACGGUUCAUCCCAGCGAGUAAUGAAAGGGUUCAUAACUUGUUAUCAUAUCUGAUUUUUUUCCAUAGCGUAUGCUUAACUACUCUUAACUCUUGUAUUGACUGCCAUACAGAAAGUUAAUGAAAGGAAGCCUCGCGUCAUGUGACUCCAAAUUUGCACCGUGAUUGGGUAAUUGCUUGUUUUGUUUCGCGAUCAAAACAUUUUCAAAAGUGGAAAAGGUCUGGACUGCUAUAUACAUGUAUAGAUUAAUUGAUAUACUAGUGAAAGAAUGACGAGUAAUCGAUAUACGGCGAAAUAAAAAGAUCGGCCAAAAGGAAGGAUUUUGCUCUGACUUUAACACUCCCGCUAAUUUAAUAUGUUGGUCAAAUGUUUUUGCAGAUCAUUCACCGAGAUCUUGCAGCUCGUAACGUGUUGGUUGGGGAAAGAGAAACGUGUAAAGUGACUGACUUUGGAAUGGCCAGGCAUGUCCAGCAAGAGAACAUUUAUGAAAGAAAGACAAAGGUAUGGAAAAACAAGUAAUUGAACUGCAAUUGUAUAAAAUGACUGAAAAUUGUUUUGAAUUUAAUUGAUUUUAUUUCUCCAUAUAAUAUAUUUCCAUCCGUUUUAAUUCAGCUUUAAUUAUGUGCCCUCAACCAGUUUCACUGUAGUCAUUUUAUGGCCGCACUGAUGCACCGUAGCUGCUGACACGAAGUUUUGAGGCUUUUUCAACUACUCCCCGCUAAGUAAAAAUCAUCAGAUAUGGUUGAAAAAUGUUUUUUUUACUCGGCCUAUGUUUCGUUGUAUACCCAUUAGGGUCGUCUUCCAGUCAAAUGGACUGCAUAUGAAGCGUUGAUGUUUAACACUUAUACCACCAACAGUGACGUGUGAGUAAUUUUGUGAAGUAUUUUGAAAGUUAUUUUUACGACGGAUCUACCUUAUCUUUUAAGUUUAGGUUUUGUUUCAUUGUCUUGUUUUUGUCCACGUACUGUUUUCCUGUUUUGAUCUUUUGUUUGUACUUGUACUUGAAUUUAUGCUUAGCUCGCGAAUUUACUUUAUAUUGCCAUAUUAGGAGUGUUAUUCGCUUGGCAUUGUUAGAUGCUAGUUUUUUACAGUAAGUCGUAUUUGUGGUGUUAGAGCUGACCUUGGUUCUUUGGUACUUGUCAGUUGCGACUGUGCGUAGGCUAAUCUAUUCCCUAACAAUAGCAAACCUGUUGCAAUGUUAACGAUAAGAUAUUCAAUACUGAAGGUCUCUCGGUCAGCUAACUCAAGGAUGUCCAACUUUGGCUAUAAAAACCCUACUAUACUUGAACUAGUAAGUAGAGAAGAGUAGAAAAGUAGAAAAGUCACAAGAUUAAGAAGAUUAAGAUUAAGAUUAAGAUUAAGAUUGAUUAAGAUUAAGAUUGUUAGCGGAAGUCAAAGACGAAUAAAGGCCAAGAUGUAAAUCAGAUUCCUUGUACCUUAUCGUGUAGCGAGCGAGUUGGUCGAACACACCCUCACAGUAAAUACAAAUUGCCUGCAAUAAAGUUUAUGGUGUUUGGGAUCAUUUGGUUAUUGUUUGCCUCUUUAAUUACCUUUUUGUAUUUUGGUUCGUACAUCCACUCUAUCAUUUCAUUGCAGCUGGAGCUAUGGCGUCGUUCUAUAUGAGAUAUUUACUGUCGGUAAGUUAACUAUUGUAAUAAUUUACGAUCUUGUUGAAGCCCAUUGUCAACACCUCGUUGGAGCCUAGUGCACUUUAAAGCUCUCUCCUCAACAGUGGCCUCUUUGAGUCGUAGGGAGGCUGGGGAGAGGGAAAAGGACAUUAGAUUGCUGCUAUUUUUAUUUGGAUACCCACCGGGAGCUUCUGCAGAGGAAAGAGCACUUAACAUGAGUUGGAAAAGAAUAUGUGCUUUCCUGAUGAAAAACCAAAGCUAUUCUAUAUUUCAGGUGGUUCUCCGUAUCCGCGAAUGGAUGGCAGGAAAAUUGCUAGCUUACUUCAAGAAGGAUACAGGAUGCCUAAGCCGCAACACGUGGAUGACAAAUUGUAAACGUUUUUAUAUAUUUUUAAAAAAAUUACUAUGGUAUAUAAUACUAGCCAAAUUUUAUUUCGAAGUUUUAACGAAGAAAGUGUUACUAAGUAGUAUCACACAAGUAUUAAAGAAGAGGUUUUAAUUAUGUGUUUGAAUAGCUUGAAAAGCCAUUUGUUUUUCAAUUUUUGACAUUCUAUUCUACUUGAAAAGAGCAAAAAUGUAAGAAAGAAAGCAACCCGAACAAUACCAGAAAAAUUAGUGGGAGAAAUCACAAAUAGAGAUGAAAUGAUUUUUCUCAGGUAUCAAAUCAUGAUGAAUUGUUGGCAAAAUGAACCAGAAGCGAGGCCGUCAUUCACAGCAUUGACAAAACAGCUCAAGGAUAUGGAAAACCAACACAAGGUGAGAUUGUUAGUAGUUAAUCAAAAUAAAUAAAUAAAUAAAAUAAAAGAUUGUUUUAAGGCUUUUACUAGUUUUCCAUAAUUACAUGCAAUGAGAAUCUUUCCCAGCAAAAUUGUAAAAGUAGUGUAUCGACUCAAAAAAGUAUAAACAUAGCGUAUAGCAUUAUAAUCCGAUGAGAUAAUUUUCUGUAACGUUUCUUGGGCCUUGAUUAUCGAAAGAGCUGGGAACGUUUCUUGUUUGAGGGAGGUUUUUCGUAAUUUUUACAUGUCAUCUAGGAGUAACUGAUAAAGACGGCGAAUGGCACUGAUCCAUUUGUCUCUUUUUUAUGCAUCUUCGUUUUUGUAAUACUAACUUUAACGCAAUUUUACAAAAUGUUCUUUUCAUCCACAGAAGCUGAUCAACAUGCGCAUUUACAACAAUCAGUUGUACGCAAACGUUGAGGACCUGAACGUGUAG